AUAAGUGGCUGAUGCACUAACUUGCUAUUUAAUUUGCUGACUUGCUACCACUGCCUUCACCUUUUCAACUCUUUCAAUUUCUGAAAAUAUGGCUGAGGCUUUACUUGGAGUUGCAUUUGAGAAUUUGAUGGCUCUUCUGCAAAAUGAAUUUUCAACCAUUUCUGGAAUCAGUUCAAAGGCUCAAAAGCUAUCAACCAACUUAAAUCUGAUCAAGGUUGUUCUUGAAGAUGCUGAGAAGAAACAAGUUACAAACUGUUCUAUUAAGGUAUGGCUACAACAACUCAAAGAUGCUGUAUAUGUGCUCGAUGAUAUUCUUGAUGAGUGUUCCAUUGAAUCCAACCGACUCAAGGGCUCAUCUUCUUUAAAACCAAAGAAUAUCAUUUUCCGCCAUAACAUUGGAAACAGGUUAAAAGAAAUUACAAGCAGAUUCGAUGAAAUUGCUGAUAGGAAGAACAAGUUUCUUCUACAAGACGGCGUUACUGUUAAGGAAAUGACAGUUGAAGUGGCUGAAUGGCGUCAAACCAGCUCAAUUAUUGCUGAACCCAAAGUGUAUGGACGAGAAGAUGAUAAAGAGAAGAUUGUCGAGUUUCUUCUUAACCAAGAGAGGGACUCUAACUCCCUUUCCGUCUAUCCCAUUUUUGGCUUAGGUGGUGUGGGAAAAACAACUCUAGCUCAAUUGGUCUACAAUGAUCAAAGGGUGAGUACCACCAAUUUUCAUACAAAGAUAUGGGUUUGUGUUUCUGAAGCUUUCUCGGUCAAGCGGAUUCUAUGUUCCAUUAUAGAAUCAAUAAAAAAUGAGAAGUGUGAUGCCUUUGAUUUAGAUGUAAUACAAAGAAAGGUACAAGAACUGUUGCAAGGUAAAAGAUAUUUGCUAGUGUUAGAUGACGUGUGGAACAAAAAUGAAGAACUUGAAUUCGGAUUGAGCCAAGAGAAAUGGAACCAAUUGAAAUCAGUGUUGUCCAAUGGAUCCAAAGGUAGUUCUUGUUUGGUUUCCACCCGUGAUGAGGUUGUUGCAUCAAUCAUGGGAACAUGCCAAGCUCAUCAUUUGUCUGGUCUCUCUGAAAAUGAAUGUUGGUUGCUAUUGAAACAAUAUGCAUUUGGAGAUGACAUAGAAGAACAAGUAGAGCUUGUGGAAAUAGGCAAGGAUAUAGCAAAAAAGUGCGGGGGAUUGCCUCUUGCUGCACAAGCAUUGGGAGGUUUAAUGUGCUCAAGGAGUGGAGAAAAAGAAUGGCUUGAAAUUAAAGAAAGCAGACUUUGGGAUUCAUCGAGUGACAAUUAUAUUUUGCCAGCCUUGAGGUUGAGCUACUCUUAUUUAACGCCAACCUUAAAGCAAUGUUUCACUUUUUGUGCAAUUUUCCCCAAAGAUACAGAAAUCUUGAAGGAAGAAUUGAUUCAUCUUUGGAUGGCUCAUGGAUUUAUUUCAUCUAGGAAAAAUUUGGAGGUUGAAGAUGUUGGCAGCAUUAUUUGGAAUGAACUAUGCAAAAAAUCAUUCUUUCAAGACAUUAAGAUGGCUGAAUAUUCUGGAGACAUUUCUUUCAAGAUGCAUGAUCUUGUUCAUGAUCUUGCUCAAUCAAUAAUGGGGCAAGAAUGUUUGUACUUGGAGUAUGCAAACAUGACUAGUUUGUCAAAAAGCACACAUCACAUAAGUGUUCACUCCGAUGACUUGUUAUCAAUCGAUGAAGGUGCCUUCAAAAAAGUUGAAUCCUUGAGAACAUUUUUUCAGUUGAACCGAUAUACUAAAAAAAAACAUCAUUGCUUCCCAACAAACCGUUUUCUUCGGGUAUUAUGCACAUCCUUUAUCCAUGUACCGUCACUAGGGAGUUUAAUUCAUUUAAGGUACUUGGAAAUUUAUUCCCUUGACAUAAAAACAUUGCCUGACUCAAUUUACAACUUAAAAAAAUUGGAAAUCUUGAAAAUAAAAGACUGUGAUAAAUUGUGUUGCCUUCCAAAAUGUUUGGCUUGCUUACAAAAUCUUAGACAUCUAGUCAUUGAAUAUUGUUCUUCGCUGUCUUGCUUGUUUCCAAACAUUGGAAAAUUAUCUUCUUGCCUAAGAACCUUAAGUUUAUACAUUGUUAGUUUAGAGAAAGGUUGUAGCUUGGCAGAAUUAUGUGAUCUAAACCUCGGUGGAAAACUAAGCAUUGAAGGCUUAAAUAAUGUUUGCAGUUUAUCUGAAGCUCAAGAGGCCAAUUUGAUGUGUAAAAAAGACCUUCAAGAAUUAUGGUUGUCAUGGGAAAUAACAAGUGGUGAAUUUACACAGACCCCUACUUUGAAUGUUGAGCAACUAUUUGAAGUGCUUCAACCUCACUCAAAUCUCAAGAGGUUGAAAAUACGUUACUAUGAAGGAUUAUUUUUGCCAAGUUGGAUAAGUAUUCUUAGUAAUUUAGUUGCUCUUCAACUUAAGGAUUGCAAGAAUUGUGUGCGGCUAAUGUCAUUUGGUAAACUACAGUCUCUAAAAAAAUUGGAAUUAAUCAAUAUGAUUAAUCUAAAAUACUUGGAUGACGAAUGUCACGAUGGUAUGGAGGUGAGGGUUUUUCCAUCUUUGGAGAUACUGGUGUUACAUGAGUUACCAAACAUAGAGGGGUUAUUGAAAGUGGAAAUAGGGGAUGUGUUUCCUUGUCUUUCUAAAUUGAUAAUCAACUCUUGCCCUAAACUUGGACUACCAUGUCUACAAUCUCUUAACAAUCUCUAUGUCAAAGGAUGUAACAAUGAGUUACUAAGGUCAAUUUCUACCUUCUGCGGUCUUACCACCCUUACCCUUGUUAGUGGCGAUGAAGAAAUAACAUCCUUCCCAGAGGCGAUGUUCUCAAACCUUACUAUUCUUCAAACUCUGACUAUAUUUUAUUUUCCAAAAUUGAAGGAGUUACCAAAUCAACCCUUUAACAUAGCUUUGGAGCAUCUAGAAUUCUCUCAUUGUGAUGAGCUUGAGUUGUUACCAGAGCAAAUUUGGAAUAGUCUGCAAUCCCUUCGAACCAUGUGGAUUGGUAAUUGUAAAGGAUUGAGAUGCUUGCCGGAAGGUAUUCGACAUCUCACUUCUCUUGAGGUUUUGACAAUUCAUGAAUGCCCAACAUUAGAGGAACGAUGCAAGGAGGGAACCGGGGAUGACUGGGACAAGAUAGCACAUAUUCCAAAAUUACGCCUUUGGUGAUGUUGGCGUCGCUUCUAAUUUUAACACUAAUCAAGAAGCAGAGAUGUUGUUUCCACCUGAACUGGCUUUUGUUGAAUUCGUCAGAACCCGUUCCUAAGAAUGAGAGCUGGAUGGAGAGCAAAUUCUGCUCUAGUUGUUAGGUGUGAAUGAAUACUUUGAGUUCAUUAUCUUAUUCCAAUUGAACCAUUGGUUGAAGAAUGUAUGAAGAGGAAUCACUUGUUUAUUACACAGUUGUUGGAACAUAUUUUGAGCGAGGGAAACCAACAUAUAAAUGUGUGUCAUGCUCUGCAGUGGAAGUAUCUAUGUGCAGGAAUCACUUGCUUAUUACACAAUUUUUUUCUCAUUUUGUUUGAGCUGCUCCAAAAGUUCUCAUAAUGUGCUUUGUUGUGGAAAAUAAGAUUCGCAACUUCUUGUCAGAAAAUUCUGCUCAAUAUAUAAAUCAGAAACAAUUUCCUUUGGUUUACACUGUGUAUCUGAUUUUACAGUCUCGUCAUUGUUUCAAUGAUUGUUAGUUAUCCAUUUAUUUCUUUGGGUUUAUUGUAAUUUGUAUUGACACAACUUUGAUUGAUCUAUUUUUUUUUUUUAUUAAUCCAUUUUCUCAUUGAUAUAUCA